AUGGUUAGGGCUUUUAUGGGCAAGGCCGGCAACGGGCUGCAAAAUGCAGCCCGUUCAGGUUUCGGGCCGGGCAUCGGGCAGGGGUUCUGCCCUGCCCAGCCCUGCCCAUGUGCACCCCUACUUCUACAUGAGGCUUACAAAAAUGGAUGGUUUGAAUUGACGAAGGAUCCGGCCCGGCCCACUCUCUCCAGUGGUGGCUCUAGCCUCCAAGCCUCGGACUGCCUCCUAUUGCUAUUCUUUCUACUCGCAUCUGUAUACUUUUCAAGUGCUCUUUCAAAUGCUGAGGUCUCCUUCAUUGCUCAUCGACAAUUAUUGACGCUUCGUGAAAAUGAAGACUUGCCUGAUAAUUAUUCGGACAACUACAAGACAAAUCUAACUUUUCCCCAUAGCAGACUCAAGAGCGCUUAUAUUGCGCUUCAAGCAUGGAAAACAGCGAUGUAUUCAGACCCCUUUGAGACCACCAAGAAUUGGGUGGGAGCAGAUGUUUGUUCCUAUAAUGGCAUUUUCUGUGCCCCGGCUUUGGACGAUCCAAACAUCACCGUUGUGGCUGGAAUUGAUCUCAAUCAUGCAGAUAUUGCAGGCUAUAUUCCAGCCGAAUUUGGUUUGUUGACCGACCUUGCUUUACUUCACAUUAACUCAAACAGGUUUUGCGGGGUUCUUCCCAAGAGCUUCUCCAAGUUGAGGCUUUUGUUUGAGCUAGAUAUCAGCAAUAACCGCUUUGUUGGCCCUUUUCCGGAGUGUAUUCUACCAAUUCCGGAGCUUAAAUACAUUGAUCUUAGGUACAACAACUUUGAAGGCCAACUUCCUUCAGAGCUUUUUAACAAGCCGGCCGAUGCUAUAUUUUUGAACCAUAAUCGGUUUACAUCGACAAUUCCUGAAAAUUUGGGGAAUUCUCCGGCCUCCGUGGUAGUGUUUGCCCAUAACCACUUUGAAGGUUGUAUUCCGGAAAGCAUUGGUAAAAUGGAAAAGACAUUGAAUGAGAUUGUGUUCGCCAACAACAAUCUCACAGGAUGCUUACCAAUGGAAAUUGGAAAGCUUGAGAGUGCGACAGUUCUUGAUGUGAGCGAGAACUUGUUUGGCGGCAUCUUGCCGAAGUCCUGUGACGGACUCAAAAAGGCAGAAGUAAUAUCAAUUGCACACAACAAGUUCACCGGUUUUGUGCCACAAAACAUAUGUAGCUUGCCUAGUUUGGUGAAUUUCACAUUUGCAGAUAACUAUUUCAAUGGCAUGGACCAAGGCUGCGAGCCUUCUUCUAGAAAGAAUGUGGUGUUUGACGAUACUGGUAAUUGCAUACCAAAUAAGCCAAAUCAAAAAGCAGCAAAUAUUUGCUCUGCUGUGACGAGCAAGCCUGUUGAUUGUAGUAAGCAACAAUGUGGUCACCCAUCCUCACCUUCAAAGCCACAACCCCCUAAAGAAGAACACACUAAACCACAACCGCAGCCCCAGCAACCUAAAGAGGAGAGUCCUAAACCUAAAUCUCAAGCACCACCCCAGCACCCUCCUAAAACACAGCCUCCCGAACCACCAAAAGAAGAGGGAACUAAACCUCAACCUCCCCAAUCUAAGCCUGAAUCACCAGAGGCACCAUCUCCUGAUCCUUAUGAUCGAAACCCAAAGCACCCACAUCGACCGGACUCUCCACCGGCCCAAUCUCCCUCACCUAAAGUUUUCUCUUCACCACCAACACCAGUCUAUUCUCCACCCCCUCCAGUUCGUUCUCCACCACCUCCCCAUUCCCCACCACCUCCACCUGUUCACUCUCCCCCACCGCCUCUGAUCUACUCACCGCCCCCACCACCUAUUCAUUCUCCUCCACCUCCAAUCCACUCUCCGCCCCCACCCCCUGUUCACUCCCCGCCCCCGAUUUACUCUCCACCCCCACCCCCAGUCUACUCUCCGCCUCCUCCGGUCCACUCUCCCCCACCCCCCGUGUUUUCACCUCCACCUCCUAUAUCUUCUCCCCCACCACCUCCUGUUCAUUCUCCUCCACCUCCGGUACAUUCACCCCCACCUCCAAUUUACUCCCCGCCACCUCCAGUCCAUUCUCCUCCACCCCCGGUUUUCUUUCCACCUCCAACUCCUAUCUACUCUCCCCCACCGCCUACUCUAUCUCCACCGCCCACUUCUCCUCCCCACUCUCCCCCUCUACCUACUCUAUCUCCAACGCCUGCUUCUCCUCCCCAACCUCUCCACCCACCUACUCUAUCUCCAACACCCACUUCUCCUCCCCAAUCUCUCCCUCCGCCUACACUAUCUUCACCGCCUCCUUCUCCACCCCAGUCUUCCUCUCCACCUACCCUAUCCUCGCCACCCGUUUCUCCUCCUCCAGAAGAUAACAUAAUUCUUCCUCCAGUCUUUGGCGCUUCAUACGCAUCACCACCUCCACCAAUCAUUUCCGGCUACUAA